AAUCUUUACCCCAUAUCUCUUCCAUCCUCCCCAUGGAGUAUAUGGAGAGCAACAUCCGCAUGCCCUUCUUAACUCUAUGACCAGUAGGGAGCACAUCAGCUUCACCGGCGCAUCUAUGCUCGAAUGGAACUGGUGGAUACAACCGCAACGUCUCGCAGAUGGUCGCAUGAAGGGUGGGUCACAACCAACCAGAUCAGCCAACUGAGAGUAGAAGAUAGGGUGUCUUUUCCGGCUGCUAUUAAUGUAAACACCAUAUCUCGUAAGGACUUGUCUGAACUUUCUCCUUUCUGACCAGCUAUCAUCAAUUGUGUUAGCAUGUCGAGUUGUUGUCUCUGCUCCUCUUUUUGCAUCUCUUGUUUCUUCAUCCUGAUAGCAUUGUAUAUGAAUUCAUCCAACACCUUCGUACUAUGACUAAUCUUCUUCUCCGAACCAAUCCCGAACCUUUUCUGGAACUCCCAUACACCUCUGGGCACUAUAUGUCGGUAUAUGACUGCCUCAAAGAUUUCUUCGAAUGCUUUGUCGUACGGGAAUGUUUCUGAACGUCCGUCCACAGAAAGAUUAACCUGGAUCAAACCCCAAAACCCACAGGCAGAUGUUAUCGAACAUGAACAUCUUUGCCACCUCCUGCAUGUCUACCUCGGCUCCGACUCUCGCAUCGAGAAGUGGGAACAAGGUGCCCUCCAUCUUCAGCUUGAGGGUUGUCGUCAUGUGGUUCUGCAAUUCCUCGUUGUUGAGGAUGGAAUGGAGCAACUGCCGCUGGAACUUCCAGGCCUCGCCAUCAACGUUGAAGAAAACAGCUGCGAGGAACUCGAAUAUGGCCUUGAACUCUUCGCCUUUCCUGUACUUGGCGUAGCUCUUGCUGAAGAUGUGGUGGGCGUUGAGCGGAUCGCUGGAGGCGAUGAAAUCCAUGUUGGCGAACCACGGGCCUUUGAACACGAACGUGCCGCCGGUUUCCUUGAGGGUUCUGUCGGCUGCGCCAUGGAUAUUAUCGGUCCCCGCGUUCCAAAGGAGGCCUGGAAGCACACCCAGCACCGGCCAUUCGAUUAAGGAGAAGUUUGUGUUCCUGAUACUACUAAUUAUGGAAGUACGCCGCCAUGGGAGAGCAAAAUGGCAAGUAGUGGUAUGAUGGCCAUUUGAUUUGAUGAUUU